UGGCGACCAACAACUGCCUGAACACUGGAAAACAAUAGAGACAGCGCAGUAGGGCAGUUUAAUUCUUUAUCGUUUGCCUCUUUCUUUUUCGUGACUAGUCUUACCGGGGGACAGUUGUUGGUUGUGUGCACUUUAAGACUUUUGAAGCAGAUUGGGAAGAAAGUGAGUUUAUAAUGCUUUGUUCGAGUGCUAGUUAGCAGGCAGGCUAAGCUACAUCCGUAGCUGUAAUGUAACUGUGAAGAUCAGCUGUUAGCCGCACUGCUACUUUAAAAGUUACUUUUACUAGUAAAACUCACUCGUAAGUUCGUGAGUUUGUGUUUUGGGGCUGACUCGAUGUGAUGCGUGUGCUUUUUCGCAUCACUUUUUAACCUUUCGUCGCUAGGUUUUAUUUCAAGUACGUCUUUUGUCAACUUCAACUGCUCAACUUCCAAAAAAUUGCACGUUUAUUUUUAAUCCGUUGCUACAAAGUUUAGCGACGAGAGAAAGAUCGAUUCAACGACGUGUCGUAAACCGGAGGUAAAUAUUUUAAAUAAUUUUUUUUCAAAAAGUUUUCAAAAAGAGAUUCCUUAAGUAAAAGUUUUGACUCCCGUUGAACUUUACGUUAAAUGAUGUACACGUCUAAACAAACGUAAGUUUUAAGAUGCAAACGUUAUUAUUGUUAGGGAACGCUUUCAUUUAUAAAAGCGCAGUUUAAACUUCAUCCUGAUUUGUGUCAGCAACUCCCGGCUUGAAUAACUUACAGUUAUAUAAGGAGGAUUGCUCAGUGAUUUCUGCGCGUUCAUUUGUGUCGUUCAGUUAAAAGGAACCUUUUAAGUGUGGCGUUUGGACACUUUCCAGAAUAUAUGCGAACAAACCCGAACUAUGUGCCGUUUCUUUUGUUUUACAAGGAGGCAGAUAGUGGUAAAAAUGGAGGCAGUUGAGUGUGUUUUGUAAAGACACGCGCGCGCGCAGACACACGCUCUGAAACGGCACGACCGGUCCUGUGAGUUGUGCUGGACUCUGGAGACUCGAGAGAGUUUAUAAAAACACGGUUUUUCUGGAUGAUGGCGGAUUUCGUGGUGCCGCGGCACAGCGCGGUGAUGGAGCGGCUGCGGCGGCGGAUCGAGCUCUUCCGGCAGCAUCACACCGGCUGUGAGAACCGCUAUGACAGCACGGCCAUGGAGCGGCUGGAGAUGGAGAGGCAGCAGACCUUCGCGCUGCAUCAACGCUGCUUGCAGACCAAGGCCAAGCGCUCGAACAAGCACCGGCAGCCUGCGGCGGCGAGCGCGGACCCCGCGGGGCAGAGAGGAACGAGCGGCGGCGGCGGCGGGGGAACCGGUGCGGAGCUGGCGGAAGGAGUGAGCGGGACGGCCGGGGAGCAAAGCAGAAACAGCACGCUGAUCGCGUUACAGGAGACUGUCAAGAGGAAGUUGGAGAAUGCUAGUUCACCUCUAGGCCGUGAUCAGGUCAAUGGUUUCACCGAUGGCUACCCACCCAAUAAAAAAGCCUGUGUUGAGGAUGCACUGGGGGGUCUUAAUGGGGUCUCAAAUGGCACAGUGCCUCCUCUCUCACCUAUGGACUCCAAACAUAACGUGAUUACUGAAGUCAUGAUGGCCAACGGGAACCACAGAGCGGUUGGUGCAGAGCACAAUGGGUCAGGUCUAACUGAUAGCAGCGCAUCACGUGGCUCGGAGUCUGAUUUCCGCCUGAAAGAAAUGAAGCAGGAGCCGGUGGACGAUAUCUUGCCCUGCAUACUACCUGGUGGAGGAGCGAAUGGGAACAACAGCCUCUUUCCAGACCUCAACCUCAACGAUCAGGACUGGAGUGAGAUCAUGGAGGAGUUCAACCGCUCUGUACCCUAUGAGGACAUCCAGGAGCUCUUCAGUGACAGUUUUGGAGAUCGCAAGGACCCCGAGCUCUCAACUGCCAGUGCAGCUCAGAGCUUGAUGGCACCUGAUCUGACCAGCGUGAAGACUGAAUUUUCUCCCGCUACGGCUCCAUCUGCCUUCGAUCAGGACUCUUGCAACGGUUCACCUCAGGUGAGACCCACCUCAUCUGGGCCUCCUCUUCACACAAACUCACCCGCAACUGCUCCGGCCACAUCUCCAGCCCUGCCUGUGCAGCAGCAGUCCAUCCAGCCCUCCAGACCACUCCCAAAUCACCUGCUGCCUGCUCCACCCAAAGACCUGUCCCCCGCCCAGCAGCUUCAGCAGUUGGCGGCACGAGAGCAGCAGAGAGCGAUAUUGCAACAGCAGCAUGUGGUUCCGAAGCCACCACAACAACAAAAACCGCAGCAACAGCAAGCGUCAAAAUUCCACCAGCAACCCAACCACUCGACAUCUUGGCCCCAAAAUGCUCCCACCCAAAGUCAAAUGGGUGGAACAUUUGGCCUUGAGAAGUCCACCAGCCCUUCUUUGUACCCGCAAGACUUCCCCAACCCCAAGACCCUGCUCAUGCCCAACAAAGGUUCUCCCAAAGCAGGCGCUCCAGCCGGCUACAUGCAGCCGGGUGGACACCCCAACAUGUUAAGUCACCCAGCUGCGCCCACAGGGCCCCUCAGCCACCCACCCAACCCAGCAGCCCAGGCUGCCAUGCUGGACUACAGUAACACUAAACCCCUGUCCCAUUAUGAGGCAGGAACACCUGGUGCGCCCAGGGGCCCUCCAGCCACACAGAACCAGAACAAACAAAACCAGGCCAUCCUGAACCUGAUGCGACAUCAACAGAUGCCGAAGCAGAGGCCCACCAGCAUGAACUUCAGACCUGCACAUCACCAACAUGCUCCGGAUUCAGGGUCUUACCCUACCAGCACCCAUGUUCCCGGUCCAGGUAACCCUAUGACGCCACAGCAGAGCAGCAAUAGCAUCCCGGGGAACCACAAUAACGCAGCCUACAUGAAGCAGCAGCAGAUGCAGCUCAUCAGUCAGAAGCAGUUCCUCCAGAGACAGAUGAUGGCUGAGCAGGAGAAGCAGCGGCAGCAGGAACAGCAGCUGCAAAGGCAUCUGACCCGUCCACCGCCACAGUACCAAGACCAACAGAACCCACAGGCCCAGCAAAACCCAUUCCAGCAGCAGCAACAGGUCUCUCAGUUCGGCGGUGUGCCGCCCUGCCUGGCCCAGCAGCACUCCUCCAGCUUCAGCGAGCACACCAUCACCGGUGCAUCUCAACCAAUAGGAAAUGUCAGCUCUCUGAGUGGCCCCACCCCUGGAACGCAACGGAUGUUCUCUCAGGCGCAAGGCAUGAUGGGAAUGGGGGUUGGCCAGAAUACUGGCCCAAGCACUGGUCCCAAUCCAACUGCCAGUCAAGCAGACAUGAACCUCCCAUCCUGCGCAGGCGGUCUUGAUGUACAACAAGUCCUCUACGGCAACAUGUCCAUGCAUCCCUCCCACCCCAACCAGCAGAGACCGACGGUGUCCUCCAUGUCUGCCGCUUACCGCCAGAAUGUACUAGCGGCUCAGCAACAAGCUCACUUGAAAAACCAGCCCAAUGCUGCUAUGCUGAAACAGCAGCAGCAGCUGGCCCGUAUGCCCAACAGCAUGCCCAAUGCCUUGGCUAAUAACAUGGGCUCUGCUAUGCCCAACUCAAUGCCAACCAGUAUCCAAGGUGCCUUGCCCACACAGGCCCAGUCAUGGCAGCAGCAGCCCCAGCAGCAUCCAGGUCUCCAGCCCAGCCCUGCUAAUGGAGGCAUGCCAGCAGGUUUCCCCAACACAGGCUUCCAGAUGCAGUCAAGGUUGUCCAAACUUCCCAACAACACCCCGUUUCCCCAGGGAGGCAUGGCAAAUAGUGCAGCUGCUAGAACUCUGGCAGGUAUGAAUCCUGGACAAAUGAUGCCUAACAUGAACCAGCAACGGACCAAUAACCCAGGCAUGCCCCAACAGCUGCCGCCUUCUGGUCAGCAGACGGCCCAGCAGGGGCAGCCACAAGCGCAGUCUCAGACUCAGCAGGUUCUGCCUGACUUGGGACCUUUCAGCCAGCCACAGGCUGGACCCAACCGCACCGCAGGACUUCAGUGCAGUCAGGCCUAUCAGCUCAACAGGACAGCCAAUCAGCAGCUCCAGUUUAGCUACAGCGCCCAAUCAGGAAGCAGCUUGUCUGGCUUUUCUGCCGAGACUGAUCUGGUGGAUUCUCUUUUGAAGAAUCCAACAACGCAAGAGUGGAUGGAUGAUCUAGAUGAGCUUUUGGCCAGUCACCAAUGAGUGAUGGCCACGGGCCAAUAACGGCCAAUACUAGUGCCUUUGGUAGAGGAGAAAACAUACAUCUGUUAUUGGACGUUUUCAGAGAUGGUGAAACUGCUCCUAUGAUGGUCAGAUCUGCUGUGUUCUCUAUUGAGUAUGUAUAUGGUGUAUAUAAUAGAGGUCAAGUAGAGCACAGAACCUAUGUCACUGAAGUAUUCUCUGGACUGGAAAUGUCAAAGAGGGAAAUGCUCUACUACUGAACCUGUGGCUCAGUAAAACCACUGAAUUUUCUUAUAAGGAAAGUAUAUACGGUGUUAGCUGUAGGCACGAGGAGGCUCUGUUCAAUGUCAGGAGUGUCUUGACACACUUUCAUAGGCCUUAAAUUUGCACUCUUGAAGAUGCACAUGUUAUUUUCAGUCAAACGGUUUAAAGCAGUAGUUAACCCAACAUAUUUGCAUCAUUUUAUUAACCAUGUUGAUCCAAAUCCAUAUGACUUUGCUUCAGGAUGAGGGAUGUCCAGUUCUGCUCCUGAAGCGCCACCACCCAGCAGAGUUUAGGCCCAACCCAAAUAAAACAGACCGGAACCAGAUGUUUAGUUCAACAGGAUCACUAGAAAACAGACAUGGUCUUUUAUAGGGAGAUGCUGACCUGGGGUGCGUUUCCCAAAAGCAUGGUUCAACAAUUCAGUGUUUCUUGAGACCAUAGCUUCACAUAACAUUCACAAACAUGGUUGGAACUACAGGUUUCGACCUGUGGUUAGCAGCAUAGUUUCUUUUUAGUAAGGGUUGAAAUAAAUAUGUAUAAAUGCCUUUUUAAUCUGUAUUUUUGCGUCGUCUCAAGCAUUAUUUUUGAAGAGUGCAUAAAUGCCUUAAGGAAUCAGAGUAUGACGUAAGAGGGAACCUAUGGUGAAUCAAACGUCAAAUAAACCAAAAUGACAGGGAACCAAGAAAAUGGUAAAUGAGUCAUCAGAUGCCAUGUUCAAUCUUGGAAUUUUCUAAUUGGUUAAAUGGCAGUUUUCUUCCUCCAUGUGUGUGACCUCAUCAUUAACAAUUGUCCUAUGUUGAUGAACUAAUGUGGUUUAAACCGUUGUGACCAGCUAGUUUGUUUCUACAACAAUGUAUCAUACUAUGGUGGUUUUUCAUCAAGUUGUACGGGAAACGCACCCCUGUACGGUUCUACUGUUGGAGAAUGAAUAUUUGGUGUAACGGUCAGCAUGGAUCACAUUAUAUCCUAUAUGUCAUUGACUUGCUGUUGGAUGUGAAUGAGAGUCGCUCACUAAUUGCGGAUGGCAUAAAAAUAAGUUCAGCAAAAGCACUUCUAAUGCAAAAGUGUAAACUCCAAAAAUGGUUUAAAUUCCAAAGUGAUUGUUUAAAUGGUAAACAUGUUGACUCGUAUAAUAACAAGCUGCUCAUUGCAAAAGUCAUGUAUUCAGAAAACCAUGCCCGUUUGUUACCAUUCUUCAUUUUUAUCUUCCGUUAAAGAAAGAAACCGCAUGUGGGAAAAUUACAUGUUCGGUGCAAGCGAGCGAUAACUUAAGUUUAUGCUCACUGGUUAGUUACUCAUUGCAUCUACUUCCUAAAUUCUGCUAAAUGACUAAAUGUAAAUUUAGUCAAUGUGGUUUAAGUCAAGCCGUUACAGCUUGAAGAAGUGUUGCUGACGCUAACAGUGAAGAGGAUGAACUGAUCAACUCCAACUUGCAGUGCUCCAGUAAAAGUAGCUCAUGUCAUUAGACUUUCAUGUUAGACUACACUAAGUUUUGUGGUGUUCUGUUUUUGUUUUUUCUGAAAAGCCCAGAGCUUCCGUGUUGGUGAGAGGGUUAAUAUUCCUGUUUUGUUUUGUCCCUCUGGCGUCUGAUGUUACAUUGAUAUCAGGUCAGGUGCUGGUCUGAACAGCAUUACCUGAACUCUCUUCAUGCGAGAUUCUGUGACAGGAUUUCAUGUAUAUUUAUAUAUUAUUUUGUAUGUAUGCAGUUUUUAUUGUCCAGGAGAAGAUAGAUCUUAUUUUUAUAUGUACAUUGUUGCAAAAUUUUGUAAGUAUUUUAUACUUUUUAUUAUUGAUGUUCUCUGUAAAACAAGAGUAUUGUGUAAAUAUAGUUCUCUAGAAAUGG